AUGGCCUCCCAAAAGAUCGCCAAUGCCCUGGCGGGUAUCGAAGCCAACACUCAUCAAGCCACCAAGCUACAGCAAUACAAUGAACUCCUCGACAACAUGGUAACAACCUCAACCGGCCACGAACUCGCCCAAGACCUAGUCUACUACCUAGACUCAAUCCUCAGCGAAGAAGUGAGCAUAGUCUCGGCUCGCCCCCUCCUCGACUCCUUCAUAAAAGUCCUCCAAUCCCUCACACCCGAAACAAAAAUCAAAGUCGGCCAACACGCCGUCACCCUCCUCCAAUCCCGCUCCGCCUCCGUCGAAGAACAAGACUCGCAGAUCCGCGAAAUCCUCGCAGACGCAUACGAAUCUCAAGAGGAAUAUACCGCCGCCGCCCGCGCCCUACAGGGCAUCCACAUCGACAGCUCACAGCGUCUUGUCUCCGAUGACGCCAAGGCCCGUCUCUGGAUCCGUAUUGUCCGCUACUAUCUCGAAGACGACGAUACAACCAACGCCGAGGGCUUCUUGAACCGCAUCAAAAACUUGCCUUCCAAAAUCGAAGACCACGAUUCUCAACUCUAUUUCCAGCUUUCGCAGGCUCGCAUCCUGGACGCGAGACGCCGCUUCCUAGACGCCGCACAGGAGUACUUUGUUGUUAGUCUCGCGCCGGGCGUAGAUGAAGGCGACCGCCUCGUUGCAUUAUCGGCUGCUAUUCGAUGUGCGGUUCUCGCGCCGGCGGGACCUCAGCGCUCGCGCUCUCUCGCUCGUCUUUACAAAGAUGACCGCACGCCUUCCGUUGAGGAAUUCGGCAUUCUAGAGAAGAUGUUCCUCGAUAGACUUUUGACGGCUGAUGAAGUCACCGCAUUUGCGAAAAAGCUGGCGCCGCAUCAGCUGGCUGUUACGUCAGAUGGAACAACCGUGCUUGAUAAGGCUGUUAUCGAACACAAUCUUGUUGCGGCGAGCAAGUUGUAUGAGAAUAUUCGAGUCGAUGACCUGGGCUUGAUUCUAGGUCUUCAGUCUUCGGGUGAUCUAUCUGCUGGCGAGAAGGCGGAGGCUUAUGCGGCACGCAUGGUCGAGCAAGGUCGACUGAAGGGCCGGAUUGAUCAGAUUGAUGGAAUUAUUACAUUUGAUGCGGAAGUGACCGGUGAUUCUCAUGGUUCCAAUGGGACCAAGUUGAGACAAUGGGAUCUUGGCGUGCAAGAGCUUGCUGAAGAUGUGGAGCGUGUCGCGGCUAGCAUUUCUGAUCAAUUCCCGGAGUUUGCUGCGAGCCAGAUGGUGCAUUGA